GUAUCUUGCUGGCUGCUCUGCACAGCCGCAGCACAGCGGCCAGCGGCAGCACUCUGCCCAGGACAGCCAUGACUGAGCUGGGAGGGGCGGACAGAGCAGCAGCAGCAGCCAGUCUGGGCUCCAACAUCCUCUCUGCUCAAGCUAACGGCCCCCUCCGGACCCCAAACCUUCUCCAUGUGUUUUUAACGCCUUUUCCAUAAAACGGGAAGCGGCAAAUCGAGGUGAAGUUGAACGGGGCAGCGUUAGCCGCGCGAAGCUGUUUUUUUCUUGAUGUUUUCCCCCCUUCUUUGACCCGGUGUGUUUCCAGUAAACCAGGAAAAUUGCUUGGUGUAGCUGCAUCGGAGAGAAGGCUCGGGAGGAGGCGAAACUGCGGGAUAUGAUGACUGAGAAAGAGACGGUGACCGAGAAGAUCAUAACCGAUGCAAUGGCCAAUCCUUCUCCAGCAAAGAGCAUGGGUGACCCUGGAAUUACCCCUCUGUCUCCAACACACACUCAGCAGAAUGACACAGACCAGGUACCACCAGGGCCGUCCUUUGUGGUGGUGGUAGCCAUUGAUUUUGGCACUACAUCCAGUGGUUAUGCUUACGCCUUCACUAAGGAGCCAGAGUGCAUUCACACUAUGAGGCGUUGGGAGGGUGGAGACCCUGGUGUGUCCAAUCAGAAGACUCCAACCACCAUUUUACUGACUCCAGACAGGAAGUUCCACAGUUUUGGCUAUGCGGCUCGUGACUUCUACCAUGACCUGGACCCCAGCGAGUCCAAACACUGGCUCUACUUAGAAAAAUUCAAAAUGAAGCUUCAUACAACCGCAAAUCUGUCCAUUGACACUGACCUCCACGCGGCCAAUGGGAAGCGAGUAAAAGCUCUGGACAUCUUUGCAUAUGCGCUGGCUUUCUUUAAGGAACAAGCACUAAAAGAGCUAAGUGAUCAGACGGGCGGCGAGUUUGAUAACAACGAUGUAAGAUGGGUAAUCACAGUUCCUGCCAUCUGGAAAAUGCCUGCAAAGCAGUUCAUGAGGGAAGCUGCCUAUAAGUCUGGUUUGGUGCCCCGUGAAAACCCAGAGCAGCUGAUCAUCGCCUUAGAACCCGAGGCAGCUUCAAUCUAUUGUCGCAAGCUCCGCCUCCACCAGAUGGUGGACCUUGGCACCCAGACCACCCAGAACGGCUUCAGUCCCACUGAAAAUGUGGGGAGCGCAAUGACCCAAGCCAAGGAGCAUGUUCGGCGCAACCGACAGAGUCGUACCUUUUUGGUGGAAAAUGUCAUAGGGGAGCUUUGGUCGGAGCUGGAAGAAGGCGACCGUUAUGUGGUGGUAGACUGUGGUGGAGGGACAGUGGACCUGACUGUCCAUCAGAUUCGUCUUCCAGAGGGACAUCUGAAAGAGCUCUACAAGGCAUCAGGUGGUCCUUAUGGUUCUAUUGGGAUUGACUAUGAAUUUGAGAAGCUGCUGUGUAGGAUCUUUGGCCAAGAUUUUAUUGACCAGUUUAAGAUAAAGAGGCCAGCUGCCUGGGUGGACCUGAUGAUUGCAUUUGAGUCUCGGAAGAGAGCAGCAGCUCCUGACAGAACCAACCCGCUCAAUAUUAAUUUGCCCUUCUCCUUCAUCGACUACUACAAGAAGUUCAGAGGCCACAGUGUGGAGCAUGCCCUGCGCAAAAGCAAUGUGGACUUUGUUAAAUGGUCAUCUCAGGGAAUGCUGAGGAUGAGUCCAGAUGCUAUGAAUUCCCUCUUUAAGCCCACCAUAGACCACAUCAUCCAACAUCUCACUGAGCUCUUUGAUAAGCCAGAAGUCAGCGAUAUUAAGUUCCUGUUUCUCGUGGGAGGUUUUGCUGAGUCCACCCUUCUGCAGCAAGCUGUCCAGAACAUGCUCCAGGGCCGCAGCCGCAUAAUUAUCCCCCAUGACGUUGGCCUCACCAUCCUGAAAGGUGCUGUGCUGUUCGGCCUGGAUCCCAGCGUCAUCAAAGUCCGCCGCUCUCCCCUCACAUACGGGGUGGGCGUCCUCAAUCGCUUUGUGGAGGGCAAGCACCCGCCAGAGAAGCUACUGGUGAAGGAUGGCACACGCUGGUGCACUGACGUGUUUGACACCUUCAUUGCUGCCGACCAGUCGGUGGCGCUGGGCGAGAUGGUGAAGCGGAGCUACACGCCGGCCAAGCCUUCCCAGCAGGUUAUCGUCAUCCACGUCUAUUGUUCUGAGAAAGAAAGUGCCGGGUUCAUCAGUGAGCCCGGCGUCAGGAAGUGUGGGACACUUCGCUUGGAUGUGAGCGGAACGGAAAGCACGGCACCACGUCGUGAAAUCCAGACGCUCAUGCAGUUUGGCGACACGGAGAUCAGGGCGAUGGCCGUGGAUGUGUCCACUGGACGCACCGUCAAAGCUAGCAUUGACUUCCUAAGCCAUUAACCAGGCCAUGAGAGAGAUAAUGUGUCAGAAUUGUUGAAAGCAAUGGAAACACAUACAUACAACAAUCUGUGGAUAUUUACUGGAAAGCUGUUUAUGGUCAUGAAUCUCAAUGCUCAGUCACUCAGUUUAAAGUUGAGUGGUAGACCGAAUGAAAGUGUUAAGCUUCACCUAAAACCCAGACAUUCAACUGUAGAAUCCAUGUUAUAGCAAGGAAAAGACAAAAUGGAGUCAGAAAAAGCCCAGUGUGUUUUAGGUCUGUCGCUUAACUCCAUCCUGCUAGCUUAUUUCCUGAGGAGCUCCACAGUUUUCACACUCAUAACAAACCCAUAUGCUGAGACUACAGUUUUGUUUAGUCAUUUUUAGGAGCUCCUGACAGGAAAGAUGAAGGCUAUUGAACACUCCUCAACCACAUCUUAACCAUGAUAAAUUAACAUAGGACAGCUUUUCAAAUCUUCUCUUUGUGCAUUUGAAAGGAAAGCUGUCAAAGCUAGAUUUAAAAUCUAAUGUUCCAUCACAUUUCAGAAUACAUCUUUACAUGCUUCAUUUUGUUUAAGGUUUCAGCAGACCGUUGUAUAUUGUUAAUGAUGCUGGUUUAUGCGGUGUCUUGUUGCGUCGUAUAUGCUCUACAAAUCAUUUUAGGAGAUCCAAAUAUGAAGCGGUCAUGAUAACAUGCUCUAAUGAAGCAUAAUGAUACAAAUGAAUUCUGUUAUAUUCUCCAGAAAUGACAUCAGCACCAUUUCACCACCACUCUGGGGACCAUGCCAGUUGUUUUGCAUGAUUUAGCUCUUGGAAUAGUCAGACAUUUUCUAGAGCGAUUAAGCUGAACUGUUACCUUCCAUCUGUUGCUCAUUCACGGAAAUGACUGUGAAAUCCUCAUUGUUGUGCAAAACAGGUCAUAUAUGGAGGAACAAGGGACUAAGAGUUGACUGUGAGGUAUAUUUAGCCAGCUGUGGACCACUGUAGCUUUCAAAGGGAGGCCAUGACCACCCCUGAGGUCCCACUGGCCAUCCCAGAUCUGAAAGAUCAACUUUAUUCACUGAAACUCUGAUGUUAAAAUUUUAGUGGAUACAAUGUAAAGUGUCAGAGUGCAACUGAAAGCAGCAUUAAGUGACUGUAACAGCUACUGAACAGUAGCCAGUUGGCUUUGAGGCCCAUCCAUAAACAUCACAGAGAGCGCAAGACACACUUUGCACCUGUUUAAGGUGCAAAGUGUGUCAAAAGGUGCAAGGUGCAAAGUGAGUCAAAGUGAGUGCAAAGUGAGUCAAAAAUUCCCGCACAUUUUAUGUGCGGGAAGUUUUGACUCAUUGACUUUGACAAAGUUUCCUGUCUAUUACAAACUGAAAUUCCCAUAAAAAUACAAUAUUACUGCAUCUGACCAUUAAACAAGUCAGAUUAAUGAGACUUCCAAGUAAUGAAUUAGCUGCCGAUUACUUUGUUGCAUCCAACUACUCUGUUCUCUAAGUAUAUUUCUCUACAAGUCAGAUGUGGACAGUAAGAGACUGUACCAUGGUUCAAUCCAAAACAAUUCUGUCUGGGUUUGUUACUACAAGCUACAAACUGCUGUUCUCACUGAACACAUAAUCAGUUUACACAUUGCUGUAUAAUAUUAAUAGAAACCAUUGUUCAUAAAUUGUUUUUAAUUGUUCAUGAAGUUCUAGUUGUGCAAUUGGCAGUUGAAGAAUCAACCACAAAAUUGUGUCUUUUUACUAACAGUCUCCAUUCAGGAUUAGUAUUUGUUUACCUACACUAUCGUUCAAAAGUUUGGGGUCACUUAGAAAUGUCCUAAUUCUUAAAAUAAAAGCAUUUUUUCCCAAUGAAGAUAGUAUUAAAUAGAUUUUUAAUGGAAUAUCUACAUAGGGGUACAGAGGAACAUUUCCGGCAACCGUCACUCCUGUGUUCUAAUGCUAUAUUGUGUUAGCUAAUGGUGUUGAAACGCUAGCUGAUGAUAGGAAAACCCUUGUGCAAGUUUUCAUGGAAAACAUGAAAUUGCCUGGGUGACCCCAAACUUUUGAACAGUAGUGUACAUGAUACAGAUGAGAUGUGACAGUAAAUGAUGGUCCAUAGUUCAAUCUUCUGUAGUAGGGAAAUUACUCUAAAACUUGAUGCCAAAUCAUGCUAAACCACCAGUAUGGUCCUUUAAUGUCAUCCACUGUUUAAACCUAAAUCCAGGAAUGUGAAAUGUGCAGCGAGCGCAAUCUGAGAAGAAAGAACAGCCAUCAAAUAUGCUUAACUGUUGCCUUUAUUUGUUUAUGCUUCUGACUAUUAGCUGUGGACAGAAUGCCACUUGCCCACUUGAAUACUUUAAAUCCAGGUGUGAUCGCACGUGACGAGUGCAGGCCAGUUGAGACAAACAAUGAAGUAUGUUUAUUUCUGUAAAUACAGUAUUUAAAUAUUGUACAGAUUUUUAGCAUCGUUUCAGCAGCUUUAGAACCAAGAGUGCGUGUGUGUGUGCGUAUGGGCGGCGUGUGUGCUUUCGCAUGGACAUCUCAUGUUUUUUUUUUCUCACCAGCCAUAGCAUGAAAGGUUGAGGCACGUUUCAUUGCUGUGUUUUCUUUUGUUUUGUUUUUUUUUCAAAAAUUGGAUGUCGCCUUACUCUUGUUUUCAAUCGCUAAGGAAACUUGAAUACCUCCGUCCUUAAAAAAGCAUUUCAGUGAGCGAGUCUGCUGUUAGUUGAUGAUAGCAGAGUUUGAAUGUGUCCCAACAAACUUCCCAUCCAUUUAUCCAUUUAAUGAUGUAUUGCAUAUACAGUAAAGAGUGUUUCCUCCCUACUGAGAAGAACUUGAGCCAUCGAAUUUAGCAGAAAUAGUUUCUGUGUUAAAGACUUAGUUAGCAAUAACCAUACAAGUAAAAAUCUCUGGGCUGAUUAUGAAAGGUUUGAAGUCUUAAUCAAGAGUGCCUAGUAUGAAUUCAAUGUGAUGUCAGCAUUCACUCAGCCAAUCAGAGGAAGACAACUUUCUAUACAUGUGUGACUUCAGACGCGAUCACUGAGCAUCACACUGUGAAUUCAUGAGGAGCCAUUGUCUUAUCUAAAUGUUGGACAACUUUGCCAGACAUCCUGGUAAAUCCGACUCCACGGGCAAAAAUUAAAGGGGCAUUACUCUGAGUUUCAUCAUACAUUGAUUGACCAGAUGAAGGUACAACAACACUAGUAAAAGAAACGUUUGUCCCUCUAACGUAGUGACCACAACAUACAGUGGUAGCUUUGGUUGUGCCUCGUUUCGUCCAUGGCUAAAUGCUCUUUUGUGUUUACCUCUCAUUCAACUCAGCUGGAUUGUAUACAACUGGAAGGUGCAACACUUGAUGCCGUAGCUGAAUUCAUGUUUUCAGAUCUCAGUAUGCUUUAAGCUAAAUAGAGCCCUCCCUCUGAACUCUCUACAAGCUCUUUUGUUCGCAUUUGUCGUCUUAAUGAAAUAAUCCGGGCACUUUUCGCAGACAGUUUUUCUUUCUGGUCCCUCGGAGUUACCAUCGCACAAAUGACUGUGUAGGAUUGGGAUCACUGUCAAAUUCUCUCUUGUGGACAGUUACAAGGUUUUCGAUGGUCCAAAAAGCACUUCAAGUUAUACUGAGGCCAUCACAGUUCACUCGUGUUGUAUUGUGGAAAUUCUCUUUGAAUAUGUUGCCUACAUGAAUAAUCUGCAUCGGUUCCAUUGAUAUGAGUAGAUAUCUGUACAGGAUGCUGCGCUUUGGCAGUUCCAGCUGGAUUCAUUCACUUCAGUGUGUGCUUCACCAAAUCCUAACACAACUCAAGGGGGCAGAACGUGUUCACACUUUAUGCUAGCUCAUUAAUCAAGAGCUAGAAAUGACACAUGCUCUAAAGAGGCAACAUUGUACCGUGGUAAAUGUUCUGAAGAGAAAAACAAACUUUUCGUUGGUUGGUUUGAAGGGGAUAUUAAUCAGAGUCAUCGGUGUUGAUCAACUAGCACUGAUAUGUUGGUCAUUUUAGUUUGAAGGACUAAAUUAUAGCCAGUUUUGAAGCCUUUUUCUUUUAUUUUUUAUUUAAACUGAAUUAAGGCUUGUCUCGCUUUCCAGUGUCGAUGUACAAAGAUGCACAAGCUUCAGUGCCCUCUGCUGUCUUCGGCACUCUUUCUGCAAAUGCACGUUUCGCAUGUGUCACAGUAAUGAUUAACAACAAGUUUAUUGCUCUUACUAAUCCACAAACCCGAGGUUAGCCACUGAUGAUGAUGAUGAUGAUGAUGAUGUCCUUAGACUCGUCGCUGCGUUGAAGACUGGCUGGACGACGCUCUGAGCUGAGCUUUAGUUGAUGCUCAGAACUGAUGGCAGCUCACAGCGACUUCACGUACUUUACCGCUAACUAACCUCAUAACCCUUUCUUCCUCCUCCACGUCUCUGUGCUCACAAGGGUGAAUAUUAAAAUGGAAGGAUCUAAUAACAUCGUGAUUCUGUUGUCUCCUUGGUUAGAUAAUUGCUAUGUAUUUUGUGCAACCCUGAGUAUUGCAUAAUGCACGGGGUAAUGUUAUGUAGCAGCUUUAUACCUGAAGCUAUAAUAAAAUUAUAUGAAGACAUGUUUAGCUGACAUUAGCUUUCUCUUCUUGGUGCGCUAGGCAGGUCUGAGCCAAGUGGUUCAGUGGAGGUAAUAUGAGGUAGCUGUAUAGCCAGUGUGCAAUAUGUACAAGCAUCUGCGUAACACUAUCUACAAUAUACAAUAUUUCUAAAGAUUUUACCACUAAAAUGAUUGAGCUUGUAGUUAGGAUCACCUCAGCCACUCUGGAACGCAACAAAUGUACACUUUGUUCUUUUAGUCCUUAAUUGCUAAUGCUAAGAAGUUUUGUUUGUUUUUACUUUGAGUUACUUGUCUUGUUUUCUUGUGGUUUUCACAGUAAUGGAUGUAUUCUGAUCAAUGCCAGGUAUUCACUGUCAGAUGGUCAUCAAUAAAAUGUAUGUGUAUUUCAAA